UUCUAUCGUAACUUGUUGAUUUGUAUAUCAAACUAUCGUUUCGGUGAGUUGAUAAUAAUCUAUUAUCAAAGCUAUUAUUAAAAAUGGGUAAGGAGAUCAUCAAUGCUUAUAUGGGGGAAAUUUUACUAAAAAAUGGACACUAAGAGUAAAGGGCUCUUGUGGCCAACGGCUACACUAUCAGCACGCAUCGUCUUCGGUGCUCUUGGCGGGAGAAACACGUCGACAUACGGUUAGGGGGGAAUUAUGCGAUCGUGCGACAUUGCCUCGUGUGGCAUAUAAACGUACCUAGCACUAGUCUGAAUCAUACCGUACUGUUGCGUACCGAUUAUUCAGGACUGGUUUGUGAUACAUUGCAAUAAAACCUUGAUACUACGCUAGUGCUUGCAUAACCUCAUAAUGAUUUCUUUGGCUAAAAUAACUGAUUGGACACCAGAGUAUUUUAUCACAAAUAAAUCGAAUUGUAAUGAGAUCUUGGAAAAUCUAGAUGCUUUAAAAGAAAUUCCCUUACUAAAUAAUGCCCCUGUUCAUACAUUCAAGGAUGGUCAGUUGGUCAGAUUUAAAGGAAUGAUUCAAGAUAUGCACAAUCCUGAAUAUUACUUACGAGUGUAUGAAGUCAAAAAUACUCAAACUGAAACAUACCAGCUAAAAUGUGGGAUGUAUACAGAUUCUGCAAAAUGUUUGCCACAUGAAAUGAUUUUGUUGGAAUCGGAAAAGAAUCAAAAUUCAGAAAGACAUACAUGUAUUGUGAUAUCAACUCCUGGUUUAAAUGAUUGGGCAAAGGAAACAUAUGAACAGUCACAUUAUUCAAGUAUAAGAUCCACUAAUAAUCAUAAAAGAAGUUUAGAUAAGGAUAAUAGUGAGACUACAAACUAUUUCGAAUUAAUACAAAAAAAAGGAAGAAUGUCACCAAUCGAUAAUAAUGAAAAAAUGGAAACAAUGAAAUGUAAUACAAGGCAACAAAGUGCAUUUUCAAAGGAAUAUAUAUUAAAUUUUCCAUUUCCUAUAGAUGAUGGUAAAGCUUGCAUUGUAAAGAUAUACGAAGAUAUGUCUUUAAAACUGAAUCAAGUUAUUGAAAUAAUAGGUUUUAUAUCUCUGGAUCCUCUUUUAAAUAUUGCUCACGAUUCAGAUGAAACUAUGACAGAAGCUGAGAUAACUGUACACCAUCCACCAGUAUCUCUUGUUCCACGAUUACAUGCUAUAAAAAUAAUCCAUUCAACUAAACAAGAUAUGACGAUUGCUCCUCAAGUGAUAUCUAAUGCAGAAUUAAUAAGAAGCGAUCUUCACUUAAUACUAAGUCAACUUUUAUUUGGAGAUCAUCUGGCUGCAGAUUACUUAAUCUGUCAUUUACUUUCAUCAGUUUACAUGAAGAGGGAUUACUUCUGUCUUGGUACUUAUCCACUAAAUAUAACACACUUUUCUGUGACUAAAUGCAAGGAAUUUCCAAAGUAUUUAUAUAAAUUUUUAACUCUAUUAAUCAAGAAAAGUUACUUAUUGGAAAUCACAUUAGAAAAUUUAAACAAUUUGGCAUUGUUGCCAAAGAAAGAUUACGAGUGUAAUAGGCUAACCAGCGGAAUACUCCAACUUAGCGACAAUACACAUCUCGUAAUAGACGAAACAGGACUAACUACUGGUCAAAUUACACAAGCUGGGCGAGAAAAUUACAAUGCGAUUUGCGACUUGAUUAACUUUCAAAAAGUUACAUAUGAUUUUCAAUUUUAUAAAAUAGAAUACGAAACGGAUAUUCCAGUCUUAAUUUUAUCAGAAGCUAAAUCUUUUAUCCCUUGUCAAACCCAAGUUCUACUAAAAGUAGAUUCAGAAUCAGAAAGCGUUUAUCCUCAAAUAAUAAAAAUUGCUGAACAGUAUUUGAAAGAUGAAAAUAGAUUGAUAAAUAUUCGACAGUAUUUAGAAACUAUUCGAGAUACGAAAUUUGAAUUUAACGAUGAAGAUGUUAUAAAGGAAAUUCAGAAUGAUUUCAUACAAUGGAAGCAAAAAAACAAAAAUGCUGAUCAUUUACACUUAUUAAUGGUGUUGGCUAGAUUGUUAUCUUUAUCAUAUGGAUCGAAUACUUUAACUAUAGAAUAUUGGAAAAAGGCAUUCCAAAUGGAAAUAGAAAGAUUAAAUAGAUUACCGGGGAAAAAAGAAACUUAACUAUUAAUUAAAAAUAAAGCUUGUGCAUAUCUUUUCGAAAGUGCAACUUCUCCCUUAAAACCUGGAAUAUGACCAGUAUAACCCACAAUCGGUGGUCUUUCAGGAGAAACUUCAUAAUCUGUAAGAAUAACGUUCUUAUCUUUCAUUUCCAGAUGAUUAAGAUGUUUCAUCUAAUAUUUACGAUUGAUCUCAUACUUUAUGAAAUCCUUUAUCGGAGGUUUACAAUGAAGUUGAAAAGAAAAUUUACAAUGAAGUUCAUAUGGAAGUACAUGUUACGUACGAAACGUGGUUAGUCGAUUUUUAUCGUGAUUAAAAUCGUGAUCAUGAUCGACUGGUAUAUCUAUAUUAUCAGCUCGCGGUCGAAAUAAAAAGUGUCUAGAGAUAGUUUUUUCGACCUUAGGUUGCAUAAGAUCUCUAUGAGUUUUUAAUUUAAUUUGAUUUUCGCGCCAUUCUUUGGCACCUUCUUCUACGGCUCUCAUAAACGAUAAACCAUAGCUACUAUUAAACCCAGGAAUGUAUCCUACAAGCAAACGAUUAAGUAUAUUAAUUUACUUUUAUAAAACGAUAUAAUAUGAUAAAAUAGUAUCUCAAUCUAUAAUACAGUUACCGGUCUAUAAUAUACUUACCAGUAUAUCCCAAAAUGUACGGUGGUGCUUUGAAGAAAUGCGUUUCUCUUUUCCAAUCUGUAUUGGUAUCUUUCUCAUAAAUAAUCGUCGUGUUUUCAUUUGUGUCCUUCUCGGAGAUGGGUCUGUAAGGUCCCGUCUUGAGGAUUUUCUUUUGAAGUAAUUCCUGCAUGAUGCAAUACGCUCGUGGAAACUUCAAUUAACUUUAUAAAGAUUUUGUUUUGUUGCUUUUCUCUUUUUUCCUCAAUGCAGAAUCAUAUGCUUAUGUAUUACUUGCAUGCUCUUACCUUCAUAAUUUCUUGAGUGCACGCACCGAAUCGUUUUCCAACUCGAAAUUUAAGGGUGGGACAGUGCCCGGUAUAGCUGAAAGUAUGAUUGAACAAAGUAUAAUGUAUUCAUAAUAAAAUUAGCAGGCGCAGAAGGUAUAUAUAAAUAAAUGAAUAUAUAGAAAUUUUAUUCCACGUAACAACGAACAAGUUAUAAAGUCGACGCGAUUAAACGCAUCGUUCAACUUGUUGCGGUUGAUCAUUAGGCACGCAAUGCGCAUAUGUGCCAUCGAAAUCAUUAAAUUUAAGUUGACCCGAGCCAAGCCUAUCCGUAACUUGUCCUCGCGGUGAUCGGCGAAACGUGACAACAAUCGUAUCAGAAACAUUGUAUAUACAAUACACGUAUGUCACAUGUACUUAGUUACAAUUGUUGUAUUUAUUUUCUUUGAACGUUACAUUUCAAAUCAUCGAUCAGACGAGCUAUCUUUUCCUCAUCGAUAAGUUGAUUGUUUAUCGUUUCACGUAAAAAUUCUAUAUGUAUAAAUGCAAGUAUGUGAUGUAAAUUGGCUCGAAUAGAUUGAUCGAUGGAUCGAUCCGCGUAAAAGUAAAUAAAUUAUUUGGUGUUUGCCGCAGGUGGAAAUUCGAUACCAUCUUGAAACGGGGAACCAAAGAGAAAAAGAUGAUUCUUAAAUUACGCGAUACGUCAUCGGAUAUAACAUCGGUAUUAUUCUCACAGGUAUGCAUAUGACCCGUCGGAUCUUACCCAGGCAAGUGAGCGGCAUAACUCUCUCUAAAAAAUUGUUUUCUCUGUUCUUCAGAUACCGAAUCGAAAACCAUUUUCCGACCGAGCCUUUUAAACGUAAUGUGUCCAAAUUACCGCGUUAGAUCAACGCCUCCAUCGCUUCCAUUUCUUUCAUCCCUUUCUUUCAGCAUUCGCACUUUUCGAUCCAAACUUUUUAUAACGUAGAAUUUCUUUGCAGUUCAUUUGUAAUAAAGUCUAAACGCGAACAAAAAUGCAAUCAGUAAUACGAAAGUCGCGCUACUCGUACAUAAGAAACGUAUAUGCAUGUAUACGUAUAUAUAUACUAAAAGCUGUAUACUGCAUAUCGCAGAGAGUGCCACGCGCGUUAUAAUUGAGCAAAAGUCUUUCUUAUAUGAUAAUUCUUGGUUACUUGAAUAUAGUUAGUGUUUGUAAUUUUGUGAACGUUAUGCACCAACCAACGAUAUAUGUUACAAAUAUAUCGUUUAGUUAUCGUUAUUUAGUUACUGUGUUAGUUACUUAUUUACUCUGUUAUGAUUUCAAGGAAGGAAGAAAGAAAAGAAAGGAUCGGGAGGAUUUUCAAAGCUAUGUUUUCAUCGAAUAGAUCCUCGACAGCUUUGUUUUUAGUAUAAUUCAAAAAAUUGUUUUAUAAACCACGAUAAUCAAGGUUCACGAAAUAAAUUUGAUUCUUUGUUGAAACGAAUGAAAACUGCCCGACAAUAAGAUUUCACAAUAUAUAUAUUAACAAAGGAACACACUGUGAAACCUCUAUUUUACAAUCGUAAACGAAAAGCGUUUCGCGUGUUACCGUUUUGCUCUCGCGUUUCAUCGAUAACUGGAUACGAUUUAGUACCAGGCAAUGGUUUCCUAGGAGUAACACAACUCCGUUACCUUCAAGAAGAUCGAUACGCGCAAGAGGUGGGGAAAAGUAGAAGAAAGACCAUUUGAAUCUGCCAUAAUCGAUCGGUUACAAAAAUGUCGAGAAAGUAAAAGAUCUCGCGAUCAUCGCGCAGCAUAUUAUCAUCAAUUUUAAUAUGAAAAUGAUUUAGCAAUAGAUCGAAGACUGUAUCAGGAAUAAGCCAUUAUUUAACUUAUAAAAAUUAUAGACUGCGUGACAGGCUACGACAUUAAAUCAUUUAAAUGAUUUAUUUUUUGUCACAUAAUUUGUACAAAUAUCGAUAGAAAAUGUCGAUAGAAUUCCCGUCCAAUACAAUCAUUUAACAAUCUACAAACGGUGCAAUCUUACCAAAUUGAAAAGAAACAAGAAUACAAGUAUACGAUUUAUUAAAAGUAGCUCUUUUUAAAUUUUGUGUAUUAAGAAUUAUAUGUACAUAUGCUGUAACCGUAUAACUCUCACGCAAAAUAUACGAGCUAUGUACACAUACACGCACGCACAUACACAUAUGUAUAUAUACACACAUGAAUAUAUUUAUUCAUGUGAAUUAAAUAAUACUCUGUGAUUUCAGUUCGUUGUCGUAUAUCUUACUGCUAUCAUACACUCGUUAGCUCCACGCGCUUACUUCGCUCGUAUACUUAGAGUGGAACUU